CAUUAAUCACCAUAAAUUAUUUGAGCGAUUGUGGUGCUUUCGGAUACAACUACAAUUAUAGAAUAACUGUAUUAUUAUUAUUUGUUAUUAGUAAAAUGGCCACUAUGCUACAAUUAGGAAACAAUUCAAUAUUGUUCUUAAUCAUUGUAUUUUCCAUUUGUUUAUCAAUUAUUAAUGCCCAAGAUGCUACUACUGUUGCAGCUGUUGAAGAAAGUGAAACUAUUUGGUCAUCAUGUCAAGAAUUUACUAAUUCGGCAGCAAAAGAUGUUAAAGUUUUUGUAAAUCAAUGUCCACCUGUAAAUGGUAGCGAAACCCGUUGUAAGCUAACUAAAGGAAUUGAUGCUGUGCUUAAAAUUCAAUUUAAAACAAUCGCUAAAGUACCAUCGAUUGAACGUAUCAUUGUUGCUCGUGUUCCAGUAGCAGGACGAAUGGUUGAAAUGCCAUAUGGACCAUCGAUUAGUCCUUGCGAAAAUUCAUCGACAAUCGCUGAUGAUGGUAGUGAAUGUGUUGAUAAUGGUGUUGUUGCUGAUAAAAAUUAUACAUUCACAUCGUUAUUCAAAGUGUUGAAAAGUUUUCCAACGGUUGAAAAUAUCUCUGUUCGAAUUAUUGUACGACAAAAAUUGGAUGAUCAUAAAAAACUUCGUUUGUAUAGAAAACAUCCUGGACCAAUGUUGUUUUGUAUUUUAAUUCCAAAUGUGGAAGUUAUUGAAACAACCGAUUAA